AUGUCAACAUCAUUUAUCCUCGCAUGUAAUAUCUAUUGUAAACGAAAGGAAUGUGCAUUCUAUUCUAAACUGAUAGUUAAACCAAAUGGAUUUAUAUACAUUUAUACGACCAAAGGAACAUCAUCACAUAUUAUUACUCAUUAUGCAUAUAAAUCAGCAAGACCAAUUCGUGGUUCUGAACGACAAGAAAUAAAAGAAUUAAUCGCCAAAGGUGUUAAACCGCGUCAAAUAUAUUUUGAAAAAAGAAAACGAAGAACACAAGAAGAAAAAAGAUCAUUUAACUGCGAUAAUUUUGGAACGUCUAUUAGAACACUCAAAACAAUUCAAUCAGAAUUUAAAUCUCGGUUGUACAAUUCAAAGAACGAAAAUGAAGCAAUUAAUACAAUAUAUCAGAAAUGGUUUGAAAAAUUAUCUGAAGUAAAAGUUCUUCCCGGUGCCAUUCAGUUUGUUUCAACCACCCCAUCAUUAAUUGUCAUUGUGUAA